AUGCUGGUGUUGAAGAACGAGAUUGAUGAGUCGACUUUGAACGAUUUCUUCAAUGAACCUGCAAAUUUGUCGACGAUUGAGAGCUUGUUGUUUGCAACUUCUCGUCCACUCGACGAUCUGGAGCCUCCGACCGCUAGUGACACUCCGACAAGUUCCGUUCAACAACCAAUCGAGCAUUUGGAAGAAGAUCUGAGAGGAAAAGAAAUGGAAAACCUUCAUGCCGAGUUGCGAAAAAUGAUCCAAGAGUUGAUGGUGAGCCGAGAAGAAAAUCGAAAGCUUCGAGGGGAAUUGAAUCAAGUGAAUCGACUUUAUCUGAAGAAAUCGAUCGAGACGGAUUUGGCUAGAGAAGAGAUUUCCCGACUCAAAGGAGAAUCGUUUGACGACGAGAAUGUGACUUACCUGGAU